CAGUGCUUUCUUGCGGGAUGCCUUGGCUGCUCAGAGGACCGUCUUUGCCGACAUGUCCUUGUUUGUGCGUUUUAAUCAGCGAUUGGAAAAUAACAGGUAGCCUUGUCUGUCCGCCUCUCGCACCCAUAUACACCCAGGAGGGGAAGAGAGGAACAAAUACAAUCACAAUAAACCACAUUUGACGCUGCUGGUCGGCUGCUUUCCUGCUUGUUUUGUUUUCCUGGUGGUGCCGACAGGAGAAGCAGUCCGCAGGGUACAACAGCCGGGUUGAAUCGCAACGUGUUUGUUACUGACUGUCACCGCAGUCGGGCUGUGUAUUUAUAUGAAACGGGCUGGUUUAAUGGGGCUGCAGUCAGCCCGUCUCCCCGCCUCUGGACAGCUGAUCUCCUGCGAUUCACGCUUGAAUUUAGACCCAUUAAAGACAACAUUGUGGAUAUGGAAUGGUGCAUGCCGCUGGGCCAAGUUUUCAUCCUCUGAAAAACACCGGAAUCAUGGACAGUCAUCCACUGUGCACCAGACUUUGUCCACACGCUGUGGACAAAGAAGAUGGCGUCGAGAGGCAAGGUCCAGUCACUCUCAACCCCCGGCACAUGAGGAAGGCGUUCAAAGUCAUGAACGAGCUGCGCAGCCAGAGCUUGUUGUGUGAUGUGACCAUAGUGGCGGAGGAUGUAGAGAUCGCUGCUCACAGGGUGGUUCUGGCUGCCGGGAGCCCCUACUUCCACGCUAUGUUCACAGGGGAGAUGGCAGAGAGCCGGGCGAAACGAGUGAGGAUAAAGGAGAUGGACGGCUGGACUCUGGGCCUGCUGGUCGACUAUAUCUACACGGCAGAGAUACAGGUCACAGAGGAUAACGUGCAGGCAUUGCUGCCCGCAGCCGGCCUGCUCCAGCUCAACGAGGUGAAAAAGGCUUGUUGUGAGUUCCUGAGCUCUCAGCUUCAUCCAUCCAACUGUCUGGGGAUACGAGCCUUCGCUGACCUACACGCCUGCUCUCAGCUCCUCACACAGGCCAACAGCUACGCAGAGCAACAUUUCACUGAGGUGGUUGGGAGUGAAGAGUUCCUCAAUUUGGGCAUGGAGCAAGUGUCCAGCCUGAUCGCCAGUGACAAGCUCACCAUCCCCACAGAGGAGAAGGUGUUUGAGGCGGUGAUAGCGUGGGUCAACCACGAUAAAGAUGUCCGGCAGGAACACUUGGCUCACCUGAUGGAACAUGUUCGCCUGCCGCUUCUCUCCAGAGAAUACCUGGUGCAGCGGGUGGAGGAGGAGUCUCUGAUUAAGAAUAGCAGUGCGUGUAAAGACUACCUGAUUGAGGCCAUGAAGUACCACCUGCUGCCAGCUGACCAGAGAGCUCUGAUGAAAACUGCACGCACACGCAUGAGGACUCCAGCCUGCUGUCCUAAGGUGAUGGUUGUGGUUGGAGGCCAGGCUCCCAAAGCCAUCCGCAGUGUUGAGUGUUAUGACUUUGAGGAGCAGCGAUGGUACCAGGUGGCUGAGCUCCCGACCAGGAGGUGCAGAGCAGGUGUGGUGUACGUGGGUGGGUGUGUGUAUGCAGUUGGUGGUUUCAACGGUUCUUUGCGUGUGCGGACGGUGGACUGUUACGACCCAAUGAUGGACCGCUGGACGAGCGUGAACAGCAUGCAGGACCGCCGAUCAACGCUCGGAGCUGUUGUGCUCAACGGACUCCUGUACGCUGUGGGGGGCUUUGACGGCAGCACAGGUCUGUCAACAAUCGAGGCGUACAAUGCGAAGACAGACGAGUGGUUCCAUGUGUUACCCAUGAGUACCCGACGAAGCAGUGUAGGAGUCGGUGUUGUCAAUGGGAUCCUGUAUGCAGUUGGAGGUUAUGAUGGUGCGACCAGGCAAUGCCUAAGUACAGUAGAAGCUUACAACCCCAAAAGCAACACGUGGAGCUACAUCGCAGAGAUGGGCACGAGACGCAGCGGAGCAGGUGUAGGUGUGUUAAAAGGUUUACUAUAUGCUGUGGGGGGUCAUGAUGGUCCAUUGGUGAGGAAGAGCUGUGAAGUUUAUGAUCCGACCUCCAACAGCUGGCGACAAGUAGCUGACAUGAACAUGUGUCGACGCAACGCAGGUAUGUGUGCUGUAAACAACGUACUUUAUGUGGUGGGAGGAGACGACGGCAGCUGCAAUUUGGCCUCUGUGGAGUUCUACAACCCAAACUCGGACAAGUGGACACUACUGCCGAACUGCAUGAGUACAGGACGCAGUUAUGCAGGUGUGACUGUGAUUGACAAGCCCUUAUGACUGCUCUCUACUCCUGCCACUGAUUCGGAGCAGAAUGAUGUUUUCUCCUGCUGAAUACUGAUCUUGGAUCUGUCUACGGUGCCAAUGCUUCGAGCAUUAGCACAGGCACUGACGAAGAUGAAGAAAAUGACAAGAUUGUUGUUGUUGUUGAGGAUGCUGAUGAAGAUUUUUUGCACUUACCUGAAAGGGGGAGCUGUAACAAACGGGGGGGAAUCGAACCCGUGUUUUAAUCCCCUCCUGGCAGGACUGCCGCUGGCGACUGGACCAACCAGUUUGAAGCACCGCUGCAGUGCCAUUGAAACGCUACUGAUAUGAAGCUACUAUAACUGCUAAGUUACUUUACCUUGAGUAAUGUUAACAGCUCUGAGAGAGACCAUUGAUCUAAUAGAUGGGAGAAGAAGGCAGAGAAGGACCAUUUGGGACUGAAAUCUUUGUUUCUCCUUCGUUUUUAUUAUGAAAAAUGUGUGCGAGUGUGUGUGUGUGUGUGUGUGUGUGUGUGUGUGUGUGUGUGUGUUUGUGUGUGUGUGUGUGCGCGCUUGCAUUUAAAGGUGCUCCUUUUGCUUGCACAUGUGAGCAUGUGUGUUUGUGUGCAUCUGUGUGGUGACGCCUGAUCCGACGCCGCAUGAACGCACUCUGUCUGACCUCUGGCCUUUUUACAGUGUUGCAGUGUGGCUGUUCAAGAGUGCCUGAAUGUCCAAAUACAUCCCGCUUUCCCUCUUCUUCCCCUUUGUUAUGCCUUGAGACGUACUGUUACUGGACAGAGUACAGCCGGACUCUGCGGCUGUUCUGGGAUAAAGAAACACAUUUGAGUCCAGAUCGGUUGAGUUAGCCCGCAUGAAUUCAGAGCAGCGACGUGAGAAGCGGGAAAAUGUACAUUUGUUCUUUUAAAACAACUGACUUUGACUGGAACACUACUCUUCUGGUAAAGGAGAAGAGUCAUUCAUGUUGCCAAAAACAGUGACGGACAGAGGGAGAAGCUGUUUUAGUUGAAAAACAGUUGGAUGUAUCAGUGCUUUACUGUCACCCGGCAGCCAUCUUUGCUAUGGUUGUAACCACUACAACAGCCUGAACUCACUGCAUGGUCCUCUCUAUCCCCCUAUCCUUCAACAGUAUCCUCUCCCUCCUUUUGGUGUAGCAACGCUAUUAACUACUGCACACCCUGACGUACUAUGAAUGUGCCAAUUUGAAUAUGUCUCUUCAUUUCUGUCUCUCUUUACUACUUUACUAAUCUGUUCUCUCUUUCUGGAAAGUGACCAAACCUACUCUUGAGUUUCUGUUUCUUCAGUCUCUUUUUCUUCCCGCUCCUCCUGUAUUGAAAAAGAAUUGCUAUAAUAGUAACUGGUAUCGCUGUUUUCUUGUCAGUGUAUUGAGGAAUGUCAUGUAGGCUAAUGACUUUGAAAAUGUUUCAUUACUUGUUUUAUAUUAUCAUUAAUAAAUAUGCUUCUUGUAUUUAAAGCUGUGAAAUGACAUAAUCUGUUUUUAAAACUUUGCCAAAUCAGUAAAACGUUGAAAUGGAAUACG